AUGUCUGUCUCGAAUACCCCCUUCGCUGAUCCGCUUUGGCUUAAUCGCCAAAGCAGUCCGUACUACAAAGAAUCGCAUCGUCGGCUGCAACGAGAAGUUCGCGAAUAUGUUGACAACAGCAUAACUCCUUUUUGUGAAGAUUGGGAGAAAGCAGGCUCCAUCCCCCCGAGGUUCAUUCAAACCAAACAUGCCGAGCUAGGAUACACAGCAGUCGCGUCAUUCCCAUUGGCAGCGCAGUAUCUCCACGGCCAACGACUCCCAGGCGAUAUCAACCCUCUAGAAUGGGAUGGUUUCCAUGAUUUAAUUGUCAUUGAUGAACUGGCUCGCUGUGGCUAUCUCGGUAUAGUUUGGGGACUUGGAUGUGGAAAUUCUAUUGGUGGUCCUCCUGUCAUUCAAUUUGGCUCUGAGGAACAAAAGUGCCGGUUUCUUCCAGAAAUGCUCAAGGGAAAGAUCAGAUUCUGCUUGGGGGUUACUGAGCCGGAUGCGGGCUCUGAUGUUGCCGGGAUCACUACUACCGCCGAGCGGAAAGGAGAUGUCUAUAUUGUGAAUGGUGCGAAGAAGUGGAUUACCAAUGGCAUGUGGGCGGACUAUUGCACGGCUGCUGUCCGGACAGGCGAGCGGCCUCAGGACAUCUCGGCACUUAUAAUCCCUCUCAAGGUUCCCGGAGUUACAUGCAAGAGAAUUCAUAAUUCAGGGGUUCAUGCAAGUGGUUCAACAUAUAUCGAACUAGAUCAAGUCGAGGUCCCUGUAGCAAACCUACUCGGAGAGGAAAAUAAGGGAUUUCCUGUGAUCAUGAACAACUUCAACCACGAGCGGCUUUGGCUUGCAUGCACCUCGCUUCGCAUGGCUCGCGUUUGUGCAGAGGACGCAUACCAACAUGCCAUCACCCGAGAGACAUUUGGUAAGAAGUUGAUCGAGAACCAGGUCAUUCGUUCGAAGUUUUCUGCGAUGGCCCGGAGCCUAGACUCUGCCUACGCAUGGAUGGAACAACUGGUUUAUAUGCAUCAAGACACAAAGGAGAACGGAACUGAUGCUGGAAUGGGGGGUUUGUUCGCAAACCUCAAGGUACUUGCAGGGCGUACCCUAGAAAUGGUGAAUAGGGAGUCGCAGCAGGUCAUGGGAGGCCUUGGCUACUCUAAGAAUGGCCGCGGAGCUCGCAUUGAGCAGGUCAGCCGUGAUGUUAGGGUCAUGGUUGUUGGUGGAGGUAGUGAGGAAAUCCUUUCUGAGUUGGCUGUUAACCAAGAGAUUAAACAUAUGAAGAAGCAGAGCAAGCUUUAG